AUGUCUUCACCUAGCACCCUGGUCUGGGAUGCUUCCUACCUUCCAGCUGCUGUCUUAAGCUGUUUUGCUUUCUUAUUCAUUUAUAAAUAUGUCAGUCCCACCUUGUCUGGACUUGUCUUCCCUACGUACCUCAAACUACCUACUGGGAAACAGAUUGAUUGGAACACACGGGUGAUCUCUAGUAUUCAUGCAACUGUGGUGAGCUCAAUGUGUGCAUACACUUUGAUUUAUGAUGAAGGCCUCAGUAAAGAUCCUAUUUGGUGGGAUGCGCCUGUGGUGAGAACAAGCUGUGCAAUAGUUGUUGGCUACAUGAUUGCUGAUCUCAUCAUCAUGACUGUCCAUUACCGAAAUAUUGGGGAGGUGUUUUACUUUUUUCAUCAUGGGGCAUCUAUUUAUGCAUAUGUUUAUGUAAUGAAUUUUGGUGUCCUGCCAUAUUUCGCAAAUUAUCCCCAACUCUUGCCCGGGCUAAUUCUCUUCUGUCUCUCACUUCCGCCUGCCUCUUCUGUCUCUCACUUCUGUCUUCUGUCUCUCACUUCCGCCUGCCUCUUCUGUCUCUCACUUCCGCCUGCCUCUUCUGUCUCUCUCUUCCCUGCCUCUUCUGUCUCUCACUUCCGCCUGCCUCUUCUGUCUCUCACUUCGCCUGCCUCUUCUGUCUCUCACUUCCCGCCUGCCUCUUCUGUCUCUCACUUCCGCCUGCCUCUUCUGUCUCUCCUUCCAUGCCUCUUCUGUCUCUCACUUCCGCCUGCCUCUUCUGUCUCUCACUUCCGCCUGCCUCUUCUGUCUCUCACUUCCGCCUGCCUCUUCUGUCUCUCACUUCCGCCUGCCUCUUCUGUCUCUCACUUCCGCCUGCCUCUUCUGUCUCUCCUUCCGCCUGCCCUCUUCUGUCUCUCACUUCGCCUGCCUCUUCUGUCUCUCACUUCCGCCUGCCCUCUUCUGUCUCUCACUUCCGCCUGCCUCUUCUGUCUCUCACUUCCGCCUGCCUCUUCUGUCUCUCACUUCCCCCCUGCCUCUUCUGUCUCUUCCGCCUGCCUCUUCUGUCUCUCACUUCCGCCUGCCUCUUCUGUCUCUCACUUCCGCCUGCCUCUUCUGUCUCUCACUUCCGCCUGCCUCUUCUGUCUCUCACUUCCGCCUGCCUCUUUUUCAGCAUAA